AUGAGUUACGAGACGGUGUAUCAAUUAGCUGCUAAAAAGAAUAUUGGUGGUGUGAGACGUUUACUGGCAGCAGGACGACCAGUUGAUGAACCAAAUCCGGAAUGGCUGCGCUGGAUCGUUGUUUACAAGUUUCAUGUUGCAAUAAUGGUGAAAUUGGUUACAAAAAACAAUGCGUCAGCCGUGCAAGAGAUCAAUAAAGACAUUAGGAACAAAUUUUGUUGGGCAUGGCUUGACAAGGAAGUGACUUUGACUGUGCGAAGCAGGAAGGAAGAUGAAGUGGUAACUGAAAAAUUGAGUGACUUCAUCGGCAAGUGCGAGGUUUUCGGAAAGGCGCAGUGUCUCUAUUGUAACGAUUUGAUCAACUACGGUUCUCGGUUUAACUGGACUGCAUUACAUUAUGUUGCACGUUAUGGUUAUACAGAUAUACCAGAAGUGUUGAUUUUGGCAGACGCGAAUGUGAAUGCUACCGAUGAUUCACAACAUACUCCACUACAUCUAGCUGCACAAAAUGGCCAAACAGCUACAGUAGAUCUAUUAUUGAAAAGUAGUGCCAAUGUCAAUGCUGUUGACUAUGGACAAUUGACUCCACUACAUUAUGCUGCAAUGAUUGGCCAAACAGCUACAGUAGAUCUAUUAUUGAAAAGUAGCGCUAUUGUCAAUGCUGUUGACUAUGACCAUUACACCCCAUUACAUCUCGCUGCCUGUUAUGGAUACCCACCUAUAGUGGAGAAGUUACUACAUACAGGUGCUAAUGUGAAUGCUGUCAAUAAAGUGAGUGUGUUAUCAAUACAAGUGUAG